AUGGCAGCCCUCCAACAGUAUGAUUGGAUUCUAGCCAUAACAACCAUCGCAUUCUGCGGCUCAUCUUUUGGAAAUGGCGCUAACGAUGUCGCAAACGCCUACGCUACCUCGGUGGCAGCUCGUUCCCUGACGAUGCCCCAGGUUGGUUUCCUCAGUAUGAUCACCGAGUUUAUCGGCGCCGUCGCGUUGGGUGCCCGCGUAACAGGCACCAUCAAGAAUAACAUCAUCGACCUAGACCACUUUGUCCCCAGCCCUGGCGUCCUCAUGCUUGUCAUGGGCUGUACAGAAGUGGCCUCGGCAUUUUGGCUACUUCUUGCAACAAAGCUGGGCUUCCCAGUUUCAACGACACAGACUGUCGUUGGCGCGCUUGUGGGUGCAGGUAUUGCUUCACAAGCCAGCGUCUCGUGGGCUUGGACGGAUGGUAGUGUCUCGCAAGUGGCGGCGUCUUGGGGCAUCGCACCUCUAAUCUCUGCUGCCUUCUCCGCUAUCCUCUUUGGAACGCUCAAAUUCUGUGUUCUAGAGAGACAAAAUUCGUUUGAGAAGGCUCUGAGGGCCAUUCCAGUGUAUCUCGCUUUCACGGGCGCUGUUCUUGCCCUGUUCAUUACUGUUGAAGCACCUAGUGCCCCGUCUCUUGAGGAGCUCGGAGCUGGGACUGCUGUUGGUAUUGUCCUGGGUUCUUUUUUCGGGAUGCUGCUUAUCGCAUAUGUCUUUUUUGUUCCAUACUUCCACCGGGUAGUCGUCAAGAAUGAUCCGCGUGUCAGACCCUGGCAUAUUCCUCUUGGGCCUCUUCUCUACCGCGAGAAUCCUCCUCUAUACUUUCCUGGCACUGGUCAAUCUAUUAUCCUGGACUAUUACGAGUCUGCUCACAAUAAUAGCGAUACGCCUGAGGAUGAAAAUCUUGCCAAACCCCAGAAUGAGAAGCAGCCCUCUCCGGGGUCUGAGAAUGGAAGUCAAGGCACUCAACAAGAAACGUCUGCUACAGCAGGACCUGAUAACCUGACCGGCCUUGAAGAACUUGAGCGUGGGGAGAAUUCCGCACUCCGUCGCCGCAAGAGAACCCGCCAUGUCGAGCCUGAAGAGCGUUGGCUGGUUCCCGUGCAGCACCUCCCCAUUUAUCAUCCUCGCCGCAUUGUCAAUCUUUUCAAGUACUUUCUUCUCCAGGGUGUGUCUCGCGACUGUGUCACACAUGCAUCCCAAGCCCUUGCAGAUAUUCACAAGAAAGCCAAACGCUACGACAACCGUAUCGAACAUCUCUGGACAUACGCUCAAGUUGCUUCCGCCAUGAUGAUGUCUAUCGCACACGGUUCUAAUGACGUUGCCAACGCUGUAGGACCCUGGGUAGCUGUUUAUCAGACAUUUCGCACUGGCAUCGUGUCUGAAGACUCGGCGACACCCAUUUGGAUCCUCGUCAUCGCUGGUUUUCUUCUGGGUGCAGGGUUCUGGUUCAUGGGACACCACAUCAUCAAGGCACUCGGUAACAAGAUUACUCAGCUUUCGCCCACGCGAGGAUACGCCAUGGAGCUGGGUGCUGCCAUCACAGUUCUGCUGGCAAGUCGGCUUGGGUUGCCUGUUUCCACAACGCAAUGCCUGACUGGAGCUGUUGUUGGUGUCGCUCUUAUGAACGGCGAUGUUGGUGCUGUUAAUUGGAAGCAGCUGAUUUGGAUUUUUGGUGGUUGGAUUCUCACACUUCCUUGUGCUGGACUUAUUUCAGGACUUCUUACACUCAUGGCACUUAAUGCCCCUCAGUUCUGA